AUGGGACAGGUAUGGGCAUGCCUUCUGUCACUUUUGCUUUUUGUGUCGACUGUGCGUGCCCAGAACAAGCCAUACAGUGGUGUGGCUGAUACUCUUAUUGAAGGCACAUGGUCUUCAGGAACUGGUGCAGUAACCACAGGUCCCGAAUUUUACAAUCUUGUGAACAAUACAUUUAAUGUGCCUUCCGUACCAGGACAAGCCUACAGCUUCCAUAUGAUCAACAAAACACACGGCUAUUGGGAGCAAGCCUUGUAUAUUAUUCAAAGCAAUGGCACACGUCCUCUUGGAUGCUAUACAGCCCAACUAAUCUGGCAACACGGAAACUACACGAUUUUUCCAGACACAUCCAUCCGGCUAGACCCUUUCACCGCAGAUGGCCGAAUGCAAUUGCUGGAUACUUGUGGUACCAAUCCUAAUAAAAUCUACUACUACUCGCAAUCCGAAGUAAUGAAGGGAUAUGAUAUCACAACUUACAUUCACUAUAAUGAGCCUACGUACAAGUUACAACUGUACCAGUUCGAUGGGCAGCUAAAACCGCCUAUGUACUUAAGGUACAAGCCGCCUCAAAUGAUGCCAACUCAAGGUCUUCACAUGAUUAUGUAUGGUCUCAUGUAA